AAAUAUACUGAGAUAUAGAAAUAAAUAUUAUAUGUAAAAAGUCAAGUCACUUUUAAAUCGGCAAUCGAUAAACUCAACACUAUUUGUAUAAUCCGCUCUUAGCAGCUAUCGAUAUCUAGUAUGACCAACGUACGAGUGCAAAAUCCCGCAAUGACAAAGUGACGAAAAAAAAAAGAAAAGAUGUUGGGAAAAGAUCAACAGUUUAUCGAAAACACAUCGCAGAUGUGAGAGCUCAACGUGAGAGCGAAUCAGAGAAGAAAGUGUUCCGAGAGGACAAAAAAACUUUUAUAUUUUUAUUCACGGUUUUUCGUGGACAGACUACUCGCUGCAGUUACAGCAUUUAGUGCGAUAUCGCUUAUACGUUUGUAUCUCAGCAACCGAAACAUGUCCAAUAAAUACGACUCUUACAGAUUAAAAACUACUGAGGACAGUGGAGUUGAAGAUGAGGAGUCUCAAUCAACAAAGGAUAAUCAAAAGAUCGAAAAGGGUCCAUCACUGAAUAAUGCAAAGAUCUUAUUGUCUCCAGUAGAAAUAAGUCCAACUGAGCAUAAAUUACAAUAUGCUUAUGCACUGUGGUACAGUCGACGUAGCCUUGGCAAACAAACUAGCAUACAAAGUUAUGAUCAAAAUUUAAAGUUGAUCGGUAGGUUUGCAAGUGUAGAACAGUUCUGGGGUCUUUAUAGUCAUUUAGUACGACCAUCAGACCUUACAGUGCAUACAGAUUUUCAUCUUUUCAAAGAUGAAGCAAAUCAAAAAGGUGGCAAAUGGAUAGUAAGAUUACGAAAGGGUUUAGUAUCUAGAUGUUGGGAAAAUCUUAUAUUGGCAAUGUUAGGAGAGCAAUUUAUGGUAGGAGAGGAAAUUUGUGGUGCUGUUGUAUCUAUAAGAUUUCAGGAGGACAUAAUAUGUGUAUGGAACAAGACGGCAUCAGACGUAGCGACAACAGCACGAAUUAGAGAUACAUUAAGAAGAGUAUUACAUCUUCCAACUAGUGCCUCUAUGGAGUACAAAACUCAUAAUGACAGUAUGAGAGGCUCUAAAAUUAUUCAAUUUUGAAAACGAGACAUAUUGCAACAGACUUCUGACAGACUUACAGCUGUUUCAUACCUCUUAAGGAGAUCGCACAUUUGUUUGACAGGAAAUAAAAUGUGAAAUUUUUGGAAAUAUCCAUUUGACGAUACACUUUAUUCACAAGUGUCUCUGUGUUGUAACUUAUGUAAAUAAUGAAUUCACAUUGAUAAGAAAUAAAUAAAUGCUCUUAUUUCCAACAUAUAAGACAUGUAACAUAAACAAA